UUCACCUGGCCCCCUCAUUGUCACACGUGCGGAAUCAAUCACCGACCCUCGUUCUUGGACGUCCUCGUUUGUCUUUUCCCGUUUUCCUUCACUCAGGGUUUUUUGCCGGCUCCGAUCAUCAUCGUCGUCGUGUCAUCUCGAAUUUCCUUUCCGAAUUGAAUUUCUGUUUUUCCCUCCACAUUCCAGGUGGUUGAGUGCAUAGCGUUGGUCGAUACAAGGUGUGUUUGCUAGGGAUAGUAGCUCAGACAUUGUGCUCUGCAUUGCUUGAAGAAGAAGGAUAAGGAUAAGGAGAAGAAGAAGAAGCGGCAGUGACCAGCAUUGUCGCAUGUUGGGACAGUAGCUGGUAAUUAAGCGACGAUGGCUCAGGGGCAGAACAUGAAGGUUGUUCAGCCUGUCCAGAUGCAGAACUCAGUUGCGGGUUCUGGUAUCGGUAAUAUAACCAAUGGCAUUGCGCAUGAGGGUAUUGGAUUACGGCAAGUGAUGCAGAACAGGAUAUAUGUUUUGUUACAACAGCGGCAGCCAACGACUGAUGCUGCCUCAAAGGCAAAGUUAUUUGAAUAUGCAAAACGGUUUGAGAAUGGACUGUUGAGGAUGGCUAAGACAAAGGAGGAAUACUUGGAUUACAGAACUUUAAAAGGCCGGUUGGACUAUAUUCUCAGACAGCAUUGCAGCCAGCGCCGUGCUAAUUCUUUGAGAUCUGUUGAUAUGAUGGUUCAGACAACUGGUGUUUCACAUGGGGGAAGUCAAAGUUUUAUAACCACCUCUGCAGCGGAUGCUUCCAUGAGCCCUGCCUAUAGCUAUAAUAACUUACAGGGGGCAACUAUCAAAAGCAGAAGCAUAUUGCCUACUAGUCGCACACAAGAAGGUCCCUUGUUUGAUGGAUGCCAACAAUUAACUGAUGGAUAUCCUCUCGACUCUAGUGGAAGCAUGCCACCGCCAGAGAGAAUGAUUGGCCAAAUGAUUCCAACUCCUGGAUUUAAUACCAAUUGUGCUAAGAGUCAUCUCCAGAAUCAUACAAAUGAAGAAACUUGUGCUGAUGGUAGUAAGCGUUCAGCUGAGUCUGGUGUGGGAGCUCCAUUACAGCUGCAGAAUCAGUAUCCUGCUGGUUCAAAUGUCUGUAUGCCUUUGAACCUGUGUCACAAGGCAGACAGUGGUUUUAGCACAAUACUAUAUGGGCGAUCCUCUGGGAUGACCAACAGUCCUCUAAAUACGGGUUUAGGGAUACACAGGAACAAUGCACAACUUUCGAUUGAACCCAGAACUUCUGAAGGAUUCCUUAGUUCCAUGCAUUUGCCAAAGUUGGCCAAACCUUUACAUCAACCUGUUGAUGAGCUGCAGGCCUCAAUGAUGCACAGAUAUGCGAUGAACAAUUCUGAUCCUGUCGGGUCUGAGAAUUUCUAUGGUGUUGUAACAUCAUCUGAGCCAAUGGCGGACAUUCGGGAUAUGAGUUCAUUGAGCCCAGAUCCUACACCAAGAGUUGAUGCUUCCUUCCCGAGUAGUCGGUUAAAUCCUCAAACAUUCCAACAGGUUCCACUGUUAAAAUCUGAAUCACUUGGUCAAUUUGAGAAUAUGAGUUUCCAGUCUUCCUUUGCUUCCGAAGGAAAUUUGGCUCUGGUGCAUCAACAACCAGUUGGACAACAAUCACAGCAUCAAGCUCGUCGGUUUGAGCUGCAAGGGCAAUGUCCUCAGCAGCCUCAUCAUGGUCAAUACAUGCUGAAACAAGACUUACUAAACAAGGAUGUGUAUCUUCAAUAUCAGCUGGUUUCGGGUUCAGUUACUCAAGUUGAGCAAGGACCUGGCCUGGAGUGCCACAAUAAGGCUAUUCAGUUGGUGGCUAUGGAUGAACGCCAACCUUCCAAGUUGCAAAAUCAGUACCAGGUGAACACUGUCGAAGGCCAGUGUAUUGGUGCUCAGUGUUCAUCUGUUUAUACCAGCCAGUUGAAUACUUCUCCAUCUCUACAACCACAUUUCGGUCAAAUGCAACGGAAAGUGCAUUCACAAGACUUGAAUAACCUCUCUGUUGGAGUUCAACCAUCAUCACAGGGCUUGACUCGAAUAUCAGAAAACUCCAAAAGGGAGCGGGCAUAUGUCGGGACAAAUUCGUGUCAAAGAAUUCCGAGGCAGCAUGGAGCUCUUUGUGAUGGUUCAUCUGCAGAAGCACCUAUGGACUGUCAAAAUAAUGCCGCCAAAAACGCUGUUGCUACCUCACAUCUUUUGAAAGCAAAUGGCACCUCAAGUAAAUCAGUGACUAAAGAUCAUAGUCCAAAUUAUGCAAAUCAAAGGCGGUGGCUUCUGUUCCUGUGGCAUGCACGUGCAUGCCAUGCUCCAGAAGAUAAGUGUAAAAGCAAGUAUUGUUCUGAUGUUAAAAAGCUACUGAAACAUGUGGAUUGUUGCAAGGUUCCAGCUUGUAAUUAUCGGUAUUGCCUUCAGACCCGGGAAUUGAUUCAUCAUCACAAGAACUGCAGGUCCGAAGGAUGCCCUGUUUGUGUCUUUGUUAAGAGCUACAAGGAGAAACGAAAAUCAGAAUUUGCCCUCCAGAAAUCCGAAUCUUACUUGCCUAACUCAACCUGUGGUUACACCUCCUACAAGUCCCUGCAGGCUUCUUGUGAAAGAGGUUCUGAAGCUCCAUCUGGUGCUGAUGAUCAGCAACCUUCUGUGAAGCGUCUGAAAGUCGAGCAACCCCCCCAAUUGGCCUCUCUUGAAUCAGAGAGCACUCUGGUGUCAGUUUCGGCUGUUAUCACUGAAGCUCAUUCUUCAAUGGAUUGGCAAGGGAAAGAUUAUCAGCAGAAUGAUAUAUGCAAAACUAUCAGAUCUGAUGCCAGGCCUAUGGAUAUAGUUGUUGCCGAUGAUUCUGUGAAAGUUGAUCUAUUUAUCCAUGAGCAGGAGAAGCGUGAGGAUACUCCCUUGGAAGAAUGUGAUGGGAAAGCUGCUUUGUCCCAUGAGAUUGUUUGUUUAUCAAAGCAAGAGAGCUUUGAAUGUACGAAUGAAAUGGGUGCACUAAAAGAAGAGAUUGUGGAGCGAUGUAUGGCCAGUGGCGCUGGGUCUAAGAGUGGGAAGUCUAAGAUCAAAGUAGUCUCAUUAAUUGAACUGUUCACUCCAGAGCAAGUAAAGGAGCAUAUUCUUGGUCUUCGUCAGUGGGUUGGUCAGGGCAAAACCAAGGCAGAAAAAAAUAAAGCAAUCGGGCGCACCAUGACUGAGAGUUCUUGCCAGUUAUGUGCUGUUGAGAAGCUUGCCUUUGAGCCAACACCUAUUUACUGCACGCCAUGUGGUGCUCGCAUCAAGAGAAAUUCCACGCGCUACACUUUAGUGGCUGGUGAGUCACGGAAUUUUGUCUGCACCGCUUGCUACAACGAAGUUCGUGGGACCACUAUUGCUGUUGAUGGAACUCCUAUACCAAAGGCGAAAUUUGAGAAAAAUAAAAUUACCGAAGAGGUUGAAGAGGGGUGGGUGCAAUGUGAUAAGUGUGAAGCGUGGCAGCAUCAAAUUUGUGCUCUGUUUAAUGGCAGAAGAAAUCAUGGUAACACUGAGUACACAUGCCCUAAUUGUUAUAUAAAAGAGGUGGAACAGGGUGAGAGAAAACCGUUACCACAAUCUGUUGUUCUUGGGGCAAAAGAUUUACCAACCACUUUUCUUAGCAACCAUAUAGAGAAGCGGUUAUUCAGGAAAUUGAAGCAGGAAAGACAGGAGAGAGCUAGACUUCAAGAGAAAAGCUAUGAAGAGGUCCCCGGAGCCGAAUCACUUGUUGUCAGAGUUGUAUCAUCGGUUGACAAAGUGUUAGAAGUCAUGCCACAGUUCCUGGAUCUUUUUCGAGAAGAGAAUUAUUCAUCAGAAUUUCCUUAUAAGUCCAAGGCUAUUUUGUUGUUUCAAAAGAUUGAAGGAGUAGAAGUAUGCUUAUUUGGCAUGUAUGUCCAAGAAUUUGGAACAGAAUCUGCAUUUCCCAAUCAGCGUCGAGUGUACCUCUCGUAUUUGGAUUCUGUUAAGUACUUCAGACCUGAGGCUAAAACAGUGUCUGGAGAGGCCCUCCGUACGUUUGUGUACCAUGAGAUUCUCAUUGGCUACCUUGAAUACUGUAAGAAACGUGGUUUUACAAGCUGCUAUAUAUGGGCAUGCCCUCCGCUUAAGGGUGAAGAUUAUAUUCUAUAUUGUCAUCCAGAAAUUCAGAAGACGCCGAAGACUGACAAACUAAGGGAAUGGUAUUUAGCAAUGCUCAAGAAAGCUUCCAAGGAAAAGGUGGUCGUCGAACGUACGAACCUUUAUGACCAUUUCUUUGUGCAAUCUGGAGAAUGUAGAGCUAAGGUCACAGCAGCGAGGUUGCCAUAUUUUGAUGGGGACUAUUGGCCUGGUGCUGCUGAAGAUUUAAUACAUCAAAUGGGCCAAGAAGAGGAUGACAAAAAGUUAAAUAGAAGGGGAGUAACCAAAAAGAUCAUAUCGAAACGUGCUCUAAAAGCAGCUGGUCAGUUAGACCUUUCUGUUAAUGCCUCAAAGGAUCUGCUACUGAUGCAUAAACUGGGUGAGAUCAUUGGUCCCAUAAAAGAAGAUUUUAUCAUGGUUCAUCUGCAACAUUGCUGCAAGCAUUGUUGCCUUCUCAUGGUAUCCGGAAACCGGUGGGUGUGCAACCAGUGCAAGAACUUCCAGUUAUGUGACAAGUGUUUUGAAUUGGAACAGAACCGUGCAGAAAAAGAGAAACAUCCUGUUAAUCAGAAAGAGAAGCAUGCUUUAUAUCCAGUGGCCAUCACGGAUGUUCCUACUGAGAUUAAGGAAGAAGAUGACAUCCUUGAGAGCGAGUUCUUUGAUACUAGACAAGCUUUCCUGAGUCUUUGCCAAGGAAAUCACUAUCAGUAUGACACACUUAGGCGGGCAAAACAUUCUUCAAUGAUGGUUCUCUAUCAUCUUCACAACCCAACUGCCCCUGCAUUUGCGACAGCAUGCACUGUCUGCCAGCAAGAUAUCGAAAUUGGUCAAGGUUGGCGUUGCAAUGUUUGUUCUGAUUAUGAGGUUUGCAAUGCUUGCUUCUCAAAGGGUGUCGACCAUCCUCAUAAGUUAAUCAACCGUCCAACUGUUGUGGACACUGGUGUGCAGAACACAAAAGCUAAUCAAAGGGUUCAGCAGUUAAGGGAACUGCUGCUACACGCGUCUGGUUGCCGCACUCCUCAGUGUGGAUAUCCUGAGUGCCGCCAGGUGAAAAUACUCUUCAGGCACGGCAGAAUUUGCCAAAAACGUUCUUCUGGAGGAUGUUCCCUUUGUAAGCUAAUAUGGGGACUUCUCAGACUUCAUGCUCGCAGCUGCAGAGAAUCCCAAUGCAGAGUGCCCAGAUGCGGAGAUUUGAGGGCGCUAUAUAGUAGGCAGCAACAGCAGUCAGAUUCGAGACGCAGAGCUGCUGUCAUGGAGAUGAUGCAGCAGAGAUCCGAAGAUGCCCCCUCCACUUCUGAUUGAUCAAGUUUUAUAUACA